CCGGGGAUUAGAAGAGGGGUCAAAGUGGCUGAGAUGGGUUUCAGGAGGGCUUAGAGUGGGGCUGGGGUUUGACGAAGUUGGCAAUGACGAUUAUGGUUGGGCAUCGAGAAGAAAGAAGGGUGGGUGAUUGGCAGUGUUCUCUGAAGGAUUAAAUCAAACAGUUAGAGGAGCAUAGCUUAAGCUGUCUCAGCAAAAGUUUUGGUGAGUCAAGUUAUGUUUCGUUUUCUCUGUUCAAGACAGCUACUACCACUCAAACACAGGAGAAUCCAUUUGGGUUUUCUUCAGCAAAAUGGUUUCUUUAUUGUCAAAUCCUUUACAUCAGCAGGUAGUUUACCUGAAUCUAAUCAAAAACCAGACGAAGAGAAAAGACAUUCUUUGGCAGUGUCUUACCUCAUAAACUCUUGUGGGUUGCCCGCAAAAUCUGCAAUUUUAGCCUCCCAGAGGGUACUAUUUCAGAGCCCAGAGAGACCAGACUCAGUGCUGAAUCUUUUCAAAGAGAAUGGAUUCAGCAAUGACCAGAUCUCCCACAUCGUUAGGAAGCAUCCCCUGAUUCUUUUAUCUGAUCCUGAGAAGUCCCUUUUGCCCAAGAUUGAGCUUUUGCGUUCCAUAGGGGUUUCGAGCUCUGACCUCAUUACCAUCAUCUCUUCAAACCCGUUUCUGUUCAAAAGCAACUUAAAGAAACGUCUUAUCCCCUGCUAUGAUUUCAUCAAGAGUGUACUUCUUGUUGACGAGAAAGUCCUGACAACUUUCAAGCGCGCACCACGGGUUUUUCUAGGUGAUGUAACGAAUACUAUGGCUCCUAACAUUGCACUUUUGAGACAACUUGGAGUGCCUACAUCUACAAUCUCUUUCCUGGUAACUAAUUUUCCCUCUUCAGCGUUUAGUAAGCAUACUAAGUUUGUUGAGGCUGUCCACCAGGUUGUGGAAAUGGGAUUCGAUCCAAUGAAAACGGCGUUUGUCGAGGCAAUCCAGGUGUUAUUUAAGAUGAAGAAACCAAAGCUGGAAUCAAGAUUUGAGCUUUAUAAGAGGUGGGGUUGGUCAAAGGACAUGGCCCUCGCAGCAUUUAAAAGCUCUCCAAAUUGUAUGGUAUCUUCAGAAGAGAAGAUCACAAAAACAAUGAAUUUCCUUGUGAACAAAAUUGGUUCGCCAUCAAAACAUAUUGUUACAAAUGCUGUAGUUAUAAAAUUAAGCUUGGAAAAGAGAAUUAUCCCUCGGUGGUCGGUUGUUCAAAUUUUGCAAGCCAAGGGUUUGGCCAAGAAUAACUUGGCCUUGGGGACUUUCUUGAAACCGACUGAGAGGAAGUUUUUGGAGCAGUUUGUGAUCAGAUUUCAGGAUGAUUUUCCUGAAUUAUUGAAUGUAUAUCAGGGUAAGAUGUCUUCUGGACGUAGGAUUUCAGUCUGAGAAGUGCUGGAGUUGGCUGGAAAUGCAGCUCGUGACAACAAGAAGAACAAGAUCAUUCCAAGGCUGCCAAAGAGCCCAAGUCUCCAUCCGGGGCCACCAAGUCCUGAAAGAAGGCUUAGCUUUCUCUAGUCAAUCGAGUUGCUUCUUUUUCAUUUGUAUGUAAUCUGGGUGUAGGAUGGAUCUUGUUUUUUGUUGUUUAUGUUGGGGAAAAUUGAUGAUUUUGAAAGAUCGUGUGUCCUCUUUGUUAGGAUUUUCUCUGAAUUAAUGGAUGAAACCGCUUGUUUCA